CAUAUCAAACACAAGACGAUAUGGAAUGGCUUCAAGAUUCAAAGACUCUUUGGGAGAAGUUAUUCACCAUUUUCUCUUUGUCUCAAGUUUUUCCGAAUACACCGUCGUGGAUAUUGCACAUCUUGUCAAAAUAUCUCCUGAAAUCCCUGUUGAUAAAGCGGCUUUGCUCAGCUGUGGUGUCUCCACAGGAAUUGGAGCAGCUUGGAAGGUAGCUAACGUGGAAGAAGGCUCCACCGUUGCAGUUUUUGGCCUUGGUGCUGUUGGACUUGCGGUUGCAGAAGGAGCCAGACUACGUGGGGCUGCAAAGAUCAUUGGUAUUGAUACCAAUCCUGAUAAAUUCGAGCUAGGUAAGAAAUUUGGUUUUACGGAUUUCAUCAAUCCUACCUUAUGCGGAGAAAAGAAGAUUAGUGAGGUGGUUAAAGAAAUGACAGAAGGAGGCGUUGACUACAGUUUCGAAUGCGUUGGCUUAGCUUCUUUACUUAACGAGGCUUUCAUCAGUACCCGCAUGAUCCCUCCAUCAUUGUUCACUAUGGACAAGGCUUCAAUCUCCAGCACUGAAGGAAAGCCGAUUCGAUGCAAAGCAGCAAUCUUACGAAAAGCAGGAGAAGCAUUGGUGAUAGAAGAGAUCCAAGUUGAUCCACCUCAAGCUUACGAAGUUAGAAUUAAAAUUCUAUGUACUUCUCUAUGUCACACGGAUGUUACUUUCUGGAAACUAGAAAGUGGACCGCUUGCAAGGUUUCCUAGGAUUCUAGGUCACGAAGCAGUCGGUGUGGUCGAGAGUAUUGGAGAAAACGUAGACGGAUUUAAACAAGGCGACGUCGUUUUGCCAGUGUUUCAUCCUCAAUGUGAAGAAUGCAAAGAGUGCAAAUCUCCAAAGAGCAACUGGUGCACAAGAUAUACUAACGAUUUUUUAUCAAACACUCGACGAUAUGGAAUGGCUUCAAGAUUCAAGGACUCUUUUGGAGAAGAUAUUCACCAUUUUAUCUUUGUCUCAAGUUUUACUGAAUAUACCGUGGUAGAUAUCGCACAUCUCGUCAAAAUCUCUUCUGAAAUUCCCGUUGAUAUAGCAGCCUUGCUCAGCUGCGGUGUUGCCACAGGGAUUGGAGCUGCGUGGAAAGUGGCUGACGUAGAGGAAGGUUCCACUGUCGCUAUCUUUGGCCUUGGUGCUGUUGGACUCGCGGUUGCAGAAGGCGUCAGAUUGCGUGGAGCCGCGAAGAUCAUCGGUGUGGAUCUCAAUCCCGCCAAAUUUGAAAUAGGUAAAAGAUACGGAAUCACGGAUUUCAUCAAUCCGGCUUUGUGUGGGGAGAAGAAAAUUAGCGAGGUGAUUAGAGAAAUGACAGGAGGAGGAGCUGACUAUAGUUUUGAAUGCAUUGGUUUAGCUUCCUUGAUGGAAGAGGCUUUCAAUAGCACUCGUCCGGGAUCGGGUAAAACGGUAAUAUUGGGGAUGGAACAAAAGGCUUUGCCAGUAAGCUUGGGUAGUUAUGAUCUUCUCAGAGGCAGAACUAUAUGUGGAACAUUGUUUGGUGGUUUGAAACCCAAACUUGAUAUUCCCAUUCUCGUGGAUCGUUAUUUGAAAAAGGAGCUUAAUCUAGACGGUCUGAUUACACACGAAUUAAGCUUUGAGGAAAUUAACAAAGCUUUUGAUUUAUUGGCGGAAGGAAACUCUAUCCGUUGCGUUAAAGAUUCUUGUCUCCGAUCCUCGUCGCUCUCCAGUCACCUGAAGAUUCUCCGAGCUUCUUUUGACCACACACUUUCAAUGGCGGAAGCUGUGACCGCUCAAACUCCAUCGCUCUCCGAGCAAUAUCAUUUGGAGAAAGAAGUGAAGCAAGAUACGAGUGCAAAGCCUGUUGAAGUGAAAGAGGUGGCACCAGAAGUUACUACACAAGCUGAAGAGGUUACCAAGGACCAAGCUAAGGAAGAAUCACCUGUUGAGGAAGCGGUUUCUGCAGUUGAAGAGAAGUCUGAAUCUGCUCCUGAGUCAACUGAAGUGACUUCUGAGGCUCCUGCUGCUGCAGUGGAAGACAAUGCUGAAGAGGCUCCUCCUGCUGUUGAAGAAAAUAAUGACGAAAAUACUAGUGAAGAAGUUGCUGAAGAAACCCCUGAUGAGAUCAAGCUUGAGACAGCUCCUGCUGAUUUCCGUUUCCCGACAACAAACCAAACAAGGCAUUGUUUCACUCGUUACAUCGAAUAUCACAGAUGUGUGGCUGCUAAGGGUGAUGAUGCUCCAGAAUGCGAUAAGUUUGCAAAGUUUUAUCGAUCUCUUUGCCCCAGCGAAUGGGUUGAUAGGUGGAACGAGCAAAGAGAAAAUGGAACAUUCCCUGGUCCUCUUCCCUGAAGAAGAAUCAUAUUGCCAUCAUUCCUCUUUUGCUGUUACCUCCAUGAGAUUACACUGCAGAGUUUAAUAAGAUUUUUACAAAACCAGCACUUCUGGUUCCCAUCUUCAUAAAAUGUGAGAAUUUAA